UAGGAACACAAGUAUUCACCCAAAAUGAGGGUGUGGUCCAUGAAACCAAUAUUUUCUACAUCAAUAACAGGAAGUUAGCAUUCUAUCUUAACGAACCCAAGAAACGAGAAUCUGAAACAUAAAUUUGAACAAGUUAUUGCUUAUGUGUUCAAUUAUUUUUUCCUGUUAUGAAUACAAAAAUAUUUCCAUUAGAGACUAUCUGACUAAGUGAAAUAUACCGUGCAAACUAUCCUUUAUACAAUAUCAAUCUCAGUUGCAAGGGAUGACCGCUGGAUUUGUAGCUGUUCAAGGUUAUGUUUUGAGAUGGUUCUAAUUGAAUCUUUGUUACCUGAACUUCAUUCAUUUUUGGCUGUGGAUUUAAACAAUGUCCAGUUACCGCCUAGUAUAGAACAAAAACGUCGGCGACUUCUUGAACGUAUUGACGUUCUUAGUUUGGGUCCUAUCCCACCAUUGCCAAGGAAUACCAUCACCACUACUUCUGUCUGUCCUGUCGGUGGUUAUGAUAGUAUUAGUAAUAGUAAUAGCGGCAGCAACAACAAUAAUAAUAAUGGUUUGACGAUUUCUCAGAGAAGACCAUUGAGUAGUAUUGCUCGUUUCUUUUCAAAUAAACGUUAUUCUCUUCCACCUACGAUCACUUGCCCGUCACCACCCGUUUUUAUCGAUGUGGCUAAAACCGCAAUCGAUACUCCUGGUACAUCUAGUGAGAAUAGAAAUUCACAAGUCUCUGAUAUACUACAAUUAUCUGGUCAGUCAAUUAAUGGAAUCGCUUCUGAUUCACCAGAUGGAUUAUUUAGUUUCGAUAGAAGCAGUUCACUUUUACUAUCCUCCGAUUCUCCUCCUCCACCUCCUUUACCACCGAAAAAGUCACACCUACAAAAACUAUUCAGUAAACUUGAAGAUCCAUACGAGGUGCCAAAACAGGUUGUUUUACCAUCCUCACUAGUGACCCCUACCGAUGCACCAGGCAUCGGCACCAUCGCCGCAUCAUCGACAACCACUCCUAUACGUUCGAAGUCGUCAGUCACAUCAACCAAUGAGCCGUUAUUUCGGAGGAAAGAAUUCAGUCGAUUGUCAUUAUCACCACAGCUAGAGGUUAUUCAAACUAACAGGAACUCAAAUAUUCUUGAAACCAAUCCCAAUUACGCAUAUGAUAUUUCCGCAAUCCCUCAGACGGUAACUACGACAGCAGAUCCGAUGACGAUGUCGGAUACCAGUUAUGCUAUGAAACAUGAUGGUACAACUAUACUGCCAAAAAAAAAUCUAUUGGGAUGUCAAACUCGUCGUCCAAGCUCAUUAAUGGAUCCAGUAUGGACAUUGGCUGGUGUAUUAUCGCAUCGUUAUAAACCGAGUAAAUGGAUGCAAUUAAAUUUUUGUCUACUAACUAAUAGUUCAAGAUUAAUUGCUUAUAAAACAGGUCAUUCAGUAACACCAUCAUUAGCUUUAUUCUUAUGCGGUUCUACUGGUAUUUAUUCGGGACGAGAUAGUGGUAUGGAACAUGUGAUUAAGAUAACAUAUUCCAGUCGUGAAAUCAUUGUUCUAGCUGCACCCACUGAAGAACAAGCUUUGAUUUGGGUUCGACAAAUCAACCAGUAUUCUGAAGGUAUAACACCAACGGAAGUGUGUUCAUUUUUGCCACACUUUAGUGUACCAAAUACUGCCAGCACACAAACCAUUAGUAUAACAUCUACAAGUAAGAUUACCAAUCCACUGAAUAUACAUCCAAAUGAUCGUAAUUUAUUAUCUUCAAAAUCAUCUGGUUCUAACAAUCGUCCUGUCUCCAUAGAAGUAACAUGUACACAGGUGGAUAGUGGCUUGUCUGUUGCUGCAAUUUCAUCAUUCACCGAACACAAUCGAACCGAUAGAUUUCUUGAAUCUGUAAAUCACCCGAAAAGUUCAUCAUUUGAUGACAGUAAUGUUGGAUAUCGGUCACGUGAGACUGAUUCCAAAUGUAAUCGUACUUCUACGGAAAAAACAAUGGUGAACGUUAUGACUUCUCCUGUAGAUUUAGUUACUGCCAGUGACUAUUUUGAUACUGAUAUGAAUGAGUCAAAUCAUUGUUUGUCAUCUAAUCCGAUACCAACUAAAUUUCUUUUGCAAAUGACAUCAUCAUCAUCGUCAUCAACAUUCGAUACAAACUCGAUAAAUCCGAAACAGAAUCUACGUCGUAACAGCUUAAUUUCGUCAAUGCGUCGAAAAGUGGAGUCAUUCAGUUCUAAACGUCGUGCACGUAAAUCUCUUCCACAGUCUUUACAACCUAACAGCUUAUCUGUUGAAAAUCAUUCUGAUUUACUGCACAGUGAAAUACUUAUGGGCCAUAGACGGAUGUUGAGUGAUGGUCAGUGGAAAAAUAGUUUAUCAUGCUCUAAAUUUUCAUCGGUUCAAUGCCUUCAACAACAACAGCAGCAGCAGAAAAUGUUCUCACCACCUCCUCCUCCUCCACCAGCGGCAGCUUGCAUAUGGGAUUCGUCUGGAAGUUCUGGCAAAGGGUUUGGUUGGUCUCAAUUAGAAUCCGCUGGUGCACGAUUUUUAAACCAACACACAUCAUCAGUUAUCUCAAAUUCAACAUCUGGUAGACCGCGUUCUAUGUGUUACGAUUCUCUAGCACUGUUCGAUAUGUUUGCUUCUUCACAAGGAAAUUUAAAUGUUACACCAAAACAUGGUCCAUUGUUGGAUUUAAAUUCAAUCAGGUCACAUUCUAUCACUUCACAAACGCCUAAUGAUAACCAAAUAGUAAUGUCAGGUCAUGCUUUCAUAUCCAUUCCUGGGCGGGUUCCAUGGACCACGAAAUGGUGUUGCUUGAAAUCGAAAUGUCUUGAAAUAUACUUGAAUAAAAGAGAGCCUGACAACUGUGUUCGUAACACUGUCACAGAUUAUAUGGAUGAUUAUAGUUGGCCAUUAUUUUCCCUACCAUUAGAAGCAGGCAAAGUUGAAUUAGGUCUAGCCGGAGGAGAUAAGCGUCAUUCAUCAGCUAUUCGUCUUGCUGUGCCUACACAAUGUUCUACACCAUUAUUAUUUGACGCUAUGGAUAAACUACAAAUGGGUGCAUGGAUUAGAGGAUUUAUUCAAGCACUGGGUCUUAUUUCUUCAUCAGACAAUUCUGUGGAUGCGGAUAUACAAAAGAAACGUGAUUCAUUGGAUAGAAUCUCUUCAACAGAUCUUAGUAAAAAUGUUCACCCUUCGGUUGUACAAGAUGGCAGUUUUCAGCAUACCGCAGUAAUGAGACAUCAAGCAUUUCCAACCGUCAGUUCAUCAUGGAUCGGUCGUAUUCCAAAUUCAAUUAUGGAAACUUCACAAACUUCAAUGUAUUAUUCUGAGAUACAUGAUGAUGAUGGUGAUGAUAAUGACGCAAAUGAUGGUGCUUUUAUUGUUAAUCAAAGACACGAAUCAUGUGCUGCUGCAAGUAAUACAAACCAUUCAGGUAUGGUCAUCUAUGAUGAGGUAUGCCCUCCACAACCAACAGCAUCGUCUAUAACCAGUACUACUGAUAUUAAUGUUACAAUUACUCCUCCAACUGACUCGACAGAAAUUCCGAAAAGUCCUGCUAUUGGUCUAUCUAAACGACGAUGGAGUUCACCUUUACUAAUAGUUGGCUCUUCUACUAAAGUCCCCGUUCCAGUGUAUUCUGAUGAAUUAAAUACCCCAUCAGCUUACAAUACAUCUCAUUGGCAUAUUCCUCCGCCUAGUCGAAGGCUAUUAUCUCAACCAUUACCUCCACUGCCGUCAGUUGGACCGAGUACAUGUGAAUCUAUGGCUGGUACAAUUACAAGCAGUUAUACUUCAUCGAAUAUUACACCUGAUGAUUUAGGCGGUUAUCAGGAAGAACUGCCUACAUCUACUACUGUUAACUUGGAGUCUGAUGGCUGUUCAGAAUUUCGAUCUAAAAAGGAAAGAAAUAUGCCCAACUAUAAGUCUUCUUAUAACUCUACAGCCUCAACUCAUCGCAGAUAUGCCAGUAUGAGUAGUUUAGAGUAUUCAGUCCCAGCCGAUAAACAGAGGACCAAAACUUAUCAUGAGGAUUGUGAUGCAAGUCGGCAGAAUAAUCAUAAAAACCAUGCACAUACGAAGACGACCAAACAAUUUCAAUCGCAUACUCAGUCAAAUUCCAGUUGUCAAUUUUCUUCAAAUGAUGAUGAUGUUUACAGUGAACCAGAGAAGAUCACAUCUGGUUGUAUUUCUAUGCCAACUGAAACAAUUGGAAUAACCAGUCUAGCCUGCACAACAGCGUGGAUCACUGUUUCAACCUCUAAUGCUGUAGCUAUUGACUCUGAAAUAGUAAAUUCAUCCUCAUUGUGUUCAGCUUUUACACUUAUUCCACCUUCAGAUGUUACUACUUUGCAUAAAACUGACUCUAACACUGGUACUACAGGUACUGAUGUUAUUCAUGGCGACGAUAUUGAUGAUGAUGACAGCCAAAGGAAUUCAGCGCAUGAAGUUAGUCUGUGGAAGUUGAAGGCUGAAAACACUCUGUCAUCCAGGGAUCCUGCUCUCGUAGAAUAUAUGAAAGUAUCUAAACUGAUUGGUGCUCGACGAUGUGUAUCCUGUUUAAGUGGGAAUAAACCGAAAGUUUUACAGACAAAUCUCAAUAUUGAUGGUAUUCCAGUUUCAUCGUCAACUCUUCCUGUUCGUUGUGGAUCUGAUGACCCAGUUAAACAUGUCACAGUGAUGAUGAACAUGGAAGGUACUACGAAUAGUACCACUACGAAUGAUCCAUUUUUUGUUAGAAAGACCAAUACACAUUGGAAUCGAGGUUCAUAUUCUUCGAAUAGCUCACGAACUGCUACUUCCUCCGGUGUAGCCUUGACAGCUGAAUCUUCGUCUCCAGGUUCUGGUGGAACUACUCGCCCACCUUCACUGGCAAUAACGAGUUAUCUUCCUGUAACUCCUGUAGAGGAAGAAAAAACUAAUAUUGAGGAUUUCUCCAUUCAUGAUCAGAAUUCAUACCGAGAGUCAGACGAUAUUCCAUUGAAUAACAAACAACAACAUUCUGUAAACCAACAUACAUAUUCUGAUUAUGGUUGUCAAGUAGAGAUUCCCUCUCAUAUAUCUGUUUUGAGUUGUCACCAACAUCAUCAUCAUUAUCGUCAUCGCCACUAUUCACAUGAUCAUAAGAAAAGUGUCGAUAGAAAGUUGAUGAAGAAUUCAACUUCACCGUGUACAUCUUUGAUUCUUGUUGCAUCUCAAUUGGAAGAAGUUAAACAGGAAACAAAUAGUCUACGAUCGAGAAAAAGAGAUUUAUCAUUUCGAUUAUCAAAUCUGCUUGCUCAUGAACACCAUGAAAAAUAUGGAGAAAAUAAGACAGAUGGUCAAUGGAAAUUGGAUGUUGACUUUUCUUCACCGAAUGAUAAAAUCUACUCUGAUCAAGAAGAUAAAUGGAAUGGAAUACUGGUUGACCAGAAUACAUGUGAUGGAGAUCAUGUUGUUAGGCGGGCUAAUAAUAUUAUUAUUGGGGAUAAGGUUGGUAAAGAAGAACAAACAAACAUUGUCGAAGAGGCUACAGCCAGUUUAUAUGCACGUCUAACAGUUGUUGAGAUGUUGUUAAAAAAUGCUGAAUCGACUGAAGCUCGAUUAGAAAAGGAGUUUGGACAUUUAAUGAUUAAUGAUAGUGGAACAAAACCAUUGUCAUCAUCCUCUUCAAAAAUAAAUACGUCUAUUGUCAUUCCUUCAUCGGAUGCUGAAAAACAGCACGAACAACAUCAACAACAAACACCAGAAGAACAGCGAUUAUUUAAUGAAGAAGAUUUCGUGAAUAAUGCCAAUACAAAUAUUUGUUCCCAUUGUAAAAUCUCCUGUUCGAAUAAAACUGAUCAAAUCGGGAUAUCUCGUAAACGUAAUAGAAAGUAUAAACGUCGAGGUUAUAAAUCAAAUCCAUCAACUCAACAACAGAACUCUGACACUGUCAAUUCAUUAUCAGAGCAUCAUGGUCGAGGUCGUGGUCGUACAACACGUCGUCAUUUGAUUGGUGUAAACUUUUCACAACAAUCUCAAAAUGAUUGUUCUUCGUUGACUGUAUCAUUGGCUUCAUAGACUAAAGUAUUAUACUUUCAUCCUCCUAUGCUUAUUUAUGCUAGUAGUGAAUUGUAUUCAUAUUCGUCUUGUUCAAUGAUUACUACGUUAUUUCUCCUGUUUGUAUAUUGGUUAACUGAAUAUAAUUACAGAAAUUGGUGAAAACAUUAAAAUCUUAAUCGGCAUUUAUUCUUUCAUCUUAUUUUUACCCUUUAUUUGGGAUUCUUUUUUGUAAACAUUGAAUAUUGAGAUUUUGUGUACAAAUCGUAAAUUUGUUUUCGUUUUAUUCAUAUGCACUGUUUCCACUCUGUCUCUCUCUCCUCCUCUUCCUCCUCCUCCACCUUAUUAUUUAGUUUUCGUUCUGGGGGAAUAGGAGGUAGGGCAGAAUUUCAUCUGAGGAAAGAGUUUUUAUGAUUUUUCAGUUACUCACCUUCUCGUAUAAAAAAACUAGUCUUCCUGAAAUUGUAGCCAACUCCACAUCACUCGGAUCAUCUUAUUUUCUUAGAGGUAAACUCGUUUAGAAGUGAAAUUAGGCAUCAUACCUAUCACACAUUAUUAUUAUUACUAUUAUUAAUAUUAAUAUUAGUAUUAUUAUUACUGUUUUGUACUUGUUUUGUUUACACUUCGUUGGUGAGUUUUUGUAACACUUGAUAAAAGGCGGUUAUUUGUGUGUUUAUGAGGUGUAUACACUUGUAUACAUGUGUAUGUGCAUGAAUAUGUGUGCCUUUACUUAUUAUGCACUGUUAAUUGUGUACGUUUUUCUGGCGUUCUCCUUUGUGCAUUGUACAAUCAUAUUUUAAAUAAUUACUAGUUAUCAUUAAUUGAAGAGUUGACAAAACUAUAUCACAGUCGUCUGCUUGUUAUUUCGCUAAAAAGACUUUAACUACUGAUAAAUUGAUAGCAAUGAAAUUUG